CUCUGCUGGAAAUCUGUGACCCUAGAGGCACAAUCUAGAGCACAGUAGGGAACCGUGCAUUCCACAGGAAAUGUGUUGUUUCCUUCCUUUCCUCUCCUGGCUUUGUCUGGUCCUGGGUCAAGGUUUUUAACAGGAGGGUUUGUGCUAAUCGGACAGGCAUUAUUAGCUGGGUAACGUGUGCUGCACCUCCUCAGUGUUAUAUUGAUCUUCUAGAUGUAGCCUCCACCAUCAGCAGGUCCAGUGAGAACAUGUCAGAGAAGGGUUUUAGGAGGCAGAUGAGUAAAAGAAAUAUGACUGCUGUGCCGAUUUCCUGGCCCGUCCCUAUGAGGGCUAUCGGAGCUCAGAAUCUUCUGACCAUGCCUGGAGGCGUUGCCAUUUCUGGGUAUCUACACAAAAAAGGGGGAAGCCAGUUUAGCCUGAUGAAAUGGCCUCUUCGCUACAUUAUAAUCCACAAAGGCUGCGUGUACUAUUUUAAGACCAGCUCAUCUGCCACACCACAAGGAGCGUUUUCCCUCAACGGCUACAACAGGGUUAUGCGAGCAACUGAGGAGACCACCUCCAGCAACGUUUUCCCCUUCAAGGUCGUGCACUUUAGUAAGAGGCAUCGCACAUGGUAUUUUUCAGCAGCCAGUGAGGAUGAACGAAGGAAAUGGAUGCGGUUUUUGAGGAAAGAGAUCGGCCAUUAUAAUGACAAGAAAGAUUAUCUUGACCCAAGUGAAUCUGACUCCGAUGAAAGUUUCUACGGCCCAAUUGAGUGUCCAGUGGAGAUCAGCAAUUCUCCAGAUGAACAUGAAGAUGACUAUAUGGAACAAAAUGAUGAAAGCGAUGAAGAUGACUAUCUUGUUCCCGAUGGGCCGACAGGUCAGCCCAAAGUACCGCCUCCAUCUUACCCUCCUCCACCGGUGCCCUACCAUCCCAAAGGCCCUCCACCACCACUUCCUAAUCCACCCAUGAAAACGCCACCAUAUCCCAUCCACAAGAAACCAACCAUCCCUGUUCCAAGUCCACCAAAACCCUCUGACUUGGUAAAUAAAGGCCCUCCUCCACUACAAAAACCAACCUUUAACAGGAUGACGGUUGUACCCACACCUCUUCCCAUCUGGCAGAAAAACACUGUAGCUGGGAGCAUGUCUUUAUCGACUCUACCUGGAUAUGAACGGAAGCCUUCUCCUGGCAUGGUUCUUAAAAACCCAUCCACUCUCCCUAUCUGUGAGGACCUGGAAAACAAACUGGUUUUGAACUCUCGUGACAAAUCUGGUUCACACAACCUGAACAAUUCACCUGGAGAGGGAAAAAUCUUAUUGCUGGGCAGCAAACCUCUGCCCAAGUGUCCACCACCAGGGACGAAACCCAAACUCAAUCUGCCAUCUUUACAAAGAUCGUCACCCGAUGGCCAAAGUUUUCGCUCUCCUAUAGAAGAAAAGCCCUUGAAACAGAGAGUCAUAUCAAGGAACGACGAAGACUCGGACGAUAACGACUAUGAAAACGUACAGUUGCCUGACUCAGUCUUUGUGGACACCAGCGAGACCAGUUCUGUGGAAAAAUUAUUUAAAGAGACAAGUGGCGCUCCACCGGAUGGCCUUUACUGCAUCCGAAACUCUGGAACUAAGACUUCAAAGGUGCUGGUUGUGUGGGAUGUGAGUUUGAACAAGGCGAGAAACUACCGGGUGUUUCAGGAGGAUGAAAUUGUGUACCUGGAGGCAGAAUUACAGUUUGCAUCUAUAGCAGCUCUAGUGGAGUACUACUACAGCCACCCUCUGCCCAACCAUGGUUCUCUGUGCUUACAGAAGCCUUUUGGAUACACCCCACCCAGGUGACCACGUCCAUCACUGAUAUCUUCAUAUCCUCAUAUCGAUGGCUACAGCAGCUCCCUACAGCUGAUCACGUACUUUAGCCAUAAGGACAUGCGAGUAAAAUCGCAAAAUAUGGACACGUGAUCGUCGGUGCUGACCAUCUGCAUUGCCACUGAACUAAAAGGAUUUAGCUGCCGUGGAGCUUCAUCUCUAAAGGAUUCCGAAAUGCUGGUGGUUAUGUAACUCUUCAUACCUCUGCCCGGAAAAACUCAUAUGUGAGCUUUCAGCUUCCUGAAACAAACAUAAAUUCAUAAAUCCAAUUUAUUGUUCUACAGGUUUUAGCGUAGUGAGAUGACGGGUUGCCAUGUACUGCAAAAUAAAUCCACUUUUAAUACCUUCAGUUUUGGGUUUUAAAGAUCUCAUCUGAGCAUGGAGAUGCACGUGCGUGUAGAUGCUCGGAACACUGACGUAGGACGUAUUUGUGAUGUAAAAUGAUUAUAUUACUUGCUGUAAGAAUGUAUGGUGAAGUUUUUUCCAUCAGCAAUAAAAAACUAAAGCACUGUAAGCGAGUAGAGCGAGUAAAGUGCUACGAAGUACACAAAAUGCCUGUAUUACUGUGUAUAAUAAUGUAUCAUUACUGUCUGUUAUUUUAUUCUUUUAUAACUUUUAUUACUUGUGCAUGUAUAUAAAUUAAACAACUUGUAUCAUUGUUAAAUUAUUUUUUUGUACCUUAAAGAG